AUGCUGAAGGCGACACCGAAGAAGAGGGGGAGGAGGACGACGGUAAUCUUCCUGUUAUCAUGCUGUCAACGACAAGUUCUAACCCACUUCUUAGUUGACCUUACCGUUGCUACAACAAAAACCCUUAUUCGUCUGCGGCGAAACGACCUCGUUCGCCUAUGCGAAGUCCGAGACUUAGAGCCUGUAGGCACUAAACCUCAGCUUGCAGAAGCACUCCUGCAAUGGCGAGAUAGGCAAGCUAUCUCAUCGAGGUCUUCUUCGGGUACUAUACGUCCGCCGUCAACCAUCAAACGACGGCGACGUAGGCUCAACAGUUCUGACACCGUCUCUUCGCCUAUUCUCCUUCGCUCUGAGCGUAUCCAUGCGGACGAGCCGCGUACUCCACAGAUAUCCCAAGAGCCCGAGCUGGAGUUGGACCUUGGCACACUUGGCUUGGAGGACCGGGAGAUACCUCCCGACAAGCUUCAGAAAUUGGAGAAGAUAGGCAGCGGUGGAUUCAAGGAUGUUUUUAUAGGCAAAUUUAAGGGUAGGAGAAUCGCCAUUUCAGAAUUUCGAGGACAGCUCACUGCCAUGGAUAUCAAAGAAUUGAAAUUACUUGGAGGCUUUGACCAUCCGAACAUCGUUCGUUUCCUAGGUGUCAGCGUUCCCGAGAAUACCAAGGACGUUCCGGUCAUGAUGAUCAGCGAGCUUUGUUCGAACGGUGAUCUGUUUGAUUACAUUCGUAACGUCCAACCCCCCUCUUUGCAUAAAGUUUUGGUUAUGAUGUUAGAUAUCGCUCGCGGUCUAGAAUAUCUCCAUCUUCGAAAGCCUUCUGUCAUUCAUCGGGAUUGCAAAUCCUCGAACAUCCUCAUUACAUCGAAGGGAACUGCUAAAAUUGCCGACUUUGGUCUAGCCAAGGUCAAGCAAUCUACGCGAUCCAUGGUUCGGAGCCUAGUAGGUACAGUCAAUUGGCAAGCUCCUGAACUGUGGCAUGCCCAUCCCAAGUACAAUCAUAAAGUCGACGUCUUUUCUUGUGCUAUGGUGUACUGGGAGAUGCUCCAAUGGCGUCAGCCGGCCAAGAGGUUCCCUUGGGAGGGUAUGAACGAGCAUGCAAUCUACGAGAUUGUAGGAACAAAACGACAACGUCCUUCGAUAUCUGGCCUUCGAAAACUGUGGUGCCCUGAUAUCGUCGGUCUCAUCGAACGUAUGUGGGCCCACGAACACGAGAAACGCCCGACCAUGUCUGAAGUGGUUUCGGAACUUGAAGAUAUGAUUAAGCAAUGGUAG